AUGGCAUGUGUAGCAUAUCGAGAAUCAAUCUCAGAGACAGUGGGAAAACACAUGGAUUUUACAGGACCAAAUUACAUAACAGAUCAUCUACCUAAAGUCUGCCAAUACACUUCCUACAUAGGAGAAAAGCGUCCAGCAUUGGAGAAAACUAGAGAUGUCAAAUAUUUAUGGAGACCGUCCUCCAAACAAAGCUUGCCAGCCAAAUAUAAGCAUGAAUAUGUUGGUGAAAUUGGCUGGGGAAUACCAAAGUACAAUUUUAUCAACAAAACAAGGCUGCAAAAUGGUUUUCACAUCAAGUAUAAAGAACCAAGUCACGGUGCUAUUGAGAAAUUAAGUCAUCGAUAUCAAAAUCCAUGGCAACCCAAGCCUGCUAUUAUGGAUAUGCAAGGAAAAUUCAGUCGUGGUUCUUUCGCCUGGCAUAUGGGUGAAAUUGAGAACGACAAUGAAAGAGAUUCCAAAUAUGCACUCCUCGUUAAAAACGAGAAAGAGACCUUGCCAAGACUUUCCAGACCACCUAAACUGCUCAAGCAAGUCCAAAAAAAAGAAGGCAACAGACGGGAGAUUGGGGUCGUGACGGGAAUCCUGAGGGCUGCUGUGACAACCUCCACAUGCCCUCCACCUGCGGGUAGUUCCAAAAGACUGUUUUUGGAACAUCGGAUUGAUUAA